UGAUUUCAUUUUCAUACUGUCGAUAUCCCCUCCAAUUCUCUUUUUCUGCCCUCGAUAUCUGCCCUCGUUAGUCCAAUUUUUCUAGGGUUUGCCGGAAAAUCCUCUCCAAUUUUCCCGAGAAAAAUUCUAGGGCGCGCGCAGAUAUGAGCUUUCAGGAUCUCGAAUCUGGGCGCCCUUUGGCUCAGUCCCGGCGAGAUUACAUCAACGCUAAGCAAGAUCCGACGCAGGCCGUUGCUUCUGGCAUUUUCCAGAUCAACACCGCGGUUUCAACUUUUCAGCGACUCGUUAAUACGCUUGGAACCCCCAAGGACACGUCAGAGCUACGGGAGAAGUUGCACAAGACGAGGCUACAUAUUGGGCAGUUAGUCAAGGAUACAUCUGCUAAACUUAAGCAAGCUAGCGAAACAGAUCAUCGUGCAGAAGUUAGUGCCAGCAAGAAGAUUGCAGAUGCUAAACUGGCAAAAGAUUUUCAAGCAGUUUUAAAAGAGUUUCAGAAGGCUCAACGGCUGGCAGCAGAAAGGGAAACGGCAUAUACUCCUUUUGUUCCCCAGUCAGUUCUUCCUUCCAGCUAUACGGCAAGUGAGAUAGAUGUAGGUCCAGAUAAGAGUCCUGAACAGCGUGCUCUUCUUGUGGAAUCUAGAAGACAGGAGGUCUUGUUGUUGGACAAUGAGAUUGUCUUCAAUGAGGCUAUCAUUGAAGAAAGGGAGCAGGGAAUACAAGAAAUCCAGCACCAAAUUGGCGAGGUGAAUGAGAUUUUCAAAGAUCUUGCUGUGCUGGUCCAUGAGCAAGGAGUUAUGAUUGAUGAUAUUGGCUCCAACAUUGAUGGUGCCCAGGCUGCAACAGCACAGGCAAAAUCCCAACUUGCAAAAGCAUCAAAGACCCAACGAUCAAAUUCAUCUCUGACCUGCUUGCUGUUGGUGAUAUUUGGGAUCAUCCUCCUCAUUGUGAUCAUCGUAAUUGCAGCUUAAUCAGAAAAUUCUCAGAGUCCAAUCAUAGAGCAGACCUGUAAUCUGCUUGGCAACAAGGUGUGGUCUCUUUGUUAAUUUCUUUGGUUUUGAUGUUUUACGAGACAUGCAUGAUGAGGGACUGAAACUUGGCUUCAAUUUCAAGGGAGUAUAUAGUGUUGGUAUCUGGUU